AUGGGGAUGAUGUAUUAUCAGUUGUACAAGUCAUCUUAUCAUGACUCUUUGAAAAUACUAGAGGCCGAUAUACAACAUGCAAAUGCUUUGGCUGUUGCAAUGCCAAGAGCCAAGAGUGGAGCACAUCUUCAAAUGAAAUUGGUGUACAAUCAUUUGGCGCCCCUCUGUCUAUUUUCGCUACAAUGGAUGGAUUGUUCCUGCAUAUGUCUACUCCGUAGAUAUUUAAACUUCUUUCAUAUGCUUGUGUACAAGGCAUAUACAGAUGGGAGAUCAAAGAUAUCUACACAUGGUAGAAAGGCAACAAUUAAAGAGUUAUAUGGUGUUAUAUUACCAUCUCUUCAAAGGCUCCAUGGUAACUUGGGGGAGUUGGAUGAUGAAAAGGAAGGGCAGUUUACUAUGGGGAGUUCUGGCAAGAAAAGAGUUGAAUUAGAUAAUAGACUUGGGAAUAUUGAUUUGGAGAGGGAAGAUGAAUGUGGGAUUUGCUUGGAGCCUUGCACCAAAUUGGUCUUGCCUAAUUGUUGCCAUGCAAUGUGCAUCAAAUGCUACGGCAAUUGGAGCACAAAAUCAGAGUCCUGUCCUUUUUGCCACGGUAGCUUGAAAAGAGUUAACUCUGAAGAUUUAUGGGUGCUUAUUUGCAAUGAUGAUGUGAUCGACAAUAAAACUGUUUCUAAGGAGGACUAGUUGCGUU